AUGACCCGCCGUCGUCCGACAUUGACAACGGAACAGAGAUUAGCAAUUGUCCGUCAAAGUGACAGGCAUCCGUUGUGGAAACAAAACCAAUUGGGUCAAUGGGCAGCAGAUACUUUUCAUUUGGAUUUCGUGCCAUCACAGCCGACGAUCUCGAUUAUCUUACGACGGGCAGGAAAACCUGUAAAAGCACGAGGACGAAAGAAAAAGAAGCUUUUGUCGAUGAAACCAAAGCUGGUGAAGUGUCCACAAGUGGAGAAAGCAAUGCUACAAUGGCUCGAGAGGAAGAUUGAAAAAGAUGAGGCAGUGACUGUGACAGCAGUGCAAACUAAAGCUCAGGAACUCGAGCACAAGGUGAAAGUCACAGUCGAAGGCUUUGUUGCCUCGAAGAUGUGGGUGGAUCAUUUUAUGCGACACCACGUGCUGAAUUGUCCAUUUGGGUUGUCGGAAUCGGAGGAUCUAGAUAAUGAGGAGAAAGUGGAUGUGAUACUAAGAGCUCCUGCUGAAAAGAAGAUGGGGAAGAAGGUGAUGACGGAAGCUGAAAAAGCAGGAAAGACAAGUGGACGAGUGGAUCAUGUUUUAGUAGGAAGGAAGGAUUCUCGUACGCCAGUGACAGCAAAAGUAACUUGCAAACCUGCAGGGAAGCGGAAACGUGACGGGAAAAGGAAUGAACUGGCCAAGCAAUUGACGGCACGAAGAUAA